GAGGAAGAGGAGCAGAAGAGUCAGAUGAUGAAGGAGAAGAUUGAAAAGAUGACAGAAGAGAUAUCAUCCCUUUCAGAACAAAUCAGAGCCAUAGAACAGGAGCUGGGAGCUGAAGACGUCUCAUUCCUGCAGAGCUACAAAGACGUGGAGAAACGGUAUGUAAACUCCUGCCUUAUUCUCGAUUCAAUCUUUUAAUCCUCUCUUCCUUCCUCUCUUCAGUAUAAAUAUGAGGGGUAGAUCACUAGUACUGUAGCAUUUCAUGAAUAAUGAGUGAAAUGGGACCAGAUGGAAAAAUUAUAAAAAGAAUGUUACAUUCAUACCUAAAUUAGUUAUCUGAUUUAAUUAUACAAUGAUUGUCUGUGUAUCAUGUUAAUUAUAAUGAUAAACAUCAUUAUAAUCAUCGUACAAAUAAUGGGUAAAUAAUUAUCUUUUCCUUGCAUGCUCUUGUGAGUGUGUGUCCCUCAGUGGGGUCGGGCUGCUUCAUAUCUGGCAGCCAGUGGGGCUGUGUGGCAGAACGCUGGGAGGGCUGGAGCCAUUUUCUUAUAGAAUGAAGAUCUGAUGCUGCUGCUGAUAAUCUUCUAUGGUAAUGAAGCCACGCCCACAGCACAAGUGACUCCUGAAUAUUAUUGCAGAGCCCAGUGCACACUGGCCGAUCCAGAGAAGCUCUCAGGAGCGCUGAUUGAUGUGGCCGAACACCUGGGCAAUCUGAAGUACAGAGUGUGGGAGAAGAUGCUGGGGACUGUUCAAUACAGAGGGAAGCCCUUUUUCACGAGGAACCCGGCGGAGCUGAAGGGGGCCUUCGUCCACGCCAAGCUGGAGAGGGGCUGGCAAGGCUUCGGAUUUUCGGUGGUCGGAGGCAAAGAGCCGGACGAGUUCCUGCAGAUCAAAAGCCUGGUUCCGGACGGGCCCGCUGCUCUGGACGGGACGAUGGAGACAGGCGACGUGAUCGUGAGCGUGAAUGAGACGUGCGUGCUGGGUCACACGCACGCCCAGGUGGUGAAGAUCUUCCAGUCCAUCCGCACUGGAUCCACGGUGGACCUGGAGCUGUGCAGGGGUUACCCCUUACCCUUUGACCCCAACGACCCCAACACCAGCCUGAUGACCUCGGUGUCCGUCACGGCACCGCCCGUCGUCGCCCGGCCCGAGCUCGUCGCCGUCCGCGUGGAGAAGGGCGACCAAGGCUUCGGGUUCUCCGUCGCCGCCGGCCCCGCAGGGGGUGGGCAACGGGUCAAGCGGAUCGUGGACCACCCCCGCUGCCGGGGCCUGAAGGACGGAGACGUCCUGGUGGAGGUCAACGGGAGGAACGUGCAGAGCAUGACCCACGACCAGGUGGUGGCGCUGCUGAGCCAGUGUGCCAAAGGAAGCGAGGUCACCAUGCUGGUGCAGAGAGGGGAGCUCUGAAGUGCUGAACGAGGAAGUGGACGGGUCACACAGGAAGUGGCUUCGCAAACGCUGGCGCACAGAAGUGAAUGCUGAUUUGCUGAACAAAGGGUCACAGGGACUGAGGUCACUGUGGUAGUGCACCGAGGUGAGCAGUGAACCAGAAACAGGGAUAGAAUAAGACUGCAGUCUCAACAGAAUCUCCAGAUACUGUUAAUGGCCACUUCUGUCACAGCCCAUAUAAAGUCUCCAUCGAUCCUGUGUUUAUACAGUAAGCUUUUGCAGACUGUCUGUAGUUUCGUUUUGCUCACUGGUUUUUAUUUGAAAACGGUGCAUCAUUUCAAAAUAAAUAAAUUAAAUACCAGCUAA